CCUCUUAAAGGUAGCGGUAUGGUUUCUGAAUGCAAAGCAUGGCUCAUGCAAGAAGCGUGACAGUGUGACAACUAACUACAACAUUCGGAUUACUGGUGUCUGGACCGAACGCUUUAAUGGUUGAUCACUUGUCAAAUUACAUGCUUGUGGAACUGGAAAGAUGAUGCGCAGAUCGAGGAUCAGCGUGCGACCCAACAUCGCGAGGCCCGGGGGCAGGGGUCUUCCUGGCUCCCAGGAAGGUCAGCAUGGUCAGGGAGCAGCAGCUGUGGACACCACCCAUGCGGCUGGGACAGAGGGAAAGGGGGCAGACAGUGCAGCAGUCAUAGAUCCCGGUCAGCCCGUGGAACAGUCUGCUGAGACUGCAGCAGGGCUAAACACCUCCCAGGAUACAUCGCCAGAAAAAAUAAUUUUCCCUGACUUGGGUGAAGAAGAUCAGAAUGGGGGGACCCCUAAUGACAGACCCCUCAUGUCCACAACGCCUCAGAGGAGGAAACGUUUCUCAGCCAUGCCUAACCUGUCCAAACCCAGGGCGACCCCUGCACCGAGGACACUCAAAUCCCCCCUCCCUGCAGCCCCAAGUCAGCCCCCCCCUUCCAAGCCAGCAGCCCCACCCACCCCCGCAGAACCCCCAGACCCCGUACCUGAAGACCAAGCAGCGGAAAGCAGCGGAGCCAAGCAGGGUGUGGGAUCCCCUGGUGUGGGGUCCCCCGGUGUGGAGUCCCCUGGUUUGGCUGUUUUGGGGGAUCAGGUCACAUCGCAGGACCAGACUGGACCUGUAUCACCAGUGGCUCCGACCACUUCCUGUUCAGAACCCCCCUCAGAGAAGAAUAAGAAAAGAACGAGAAAGUCUUCUGGUCGACAGAGCGUGUCACCGGAGAGCAAAGCCAGCAGCAGCCAACCUGUCCAAUCGGAACCUAUCCCGAGCUAUGGGAAGCUGUCGCCCAUCAACGCAUCGCCACAGGAGGGGCCCUCAACGCAGCAUUAUCCCCUGAAAUUGGUGGGUCCCCUCGAGGAUCGUAGGAGGAUCGCGAAAGCUCGAAAGCUGAAGGAAAUGAUGCGAUUAGAGAACAGGAAGGAGAAGAGUCAGAGGAAAAGCAAACCCCAUGAGGAUGACUUCAGCUCACCUUUAGACCACAGCAAGAUGACUAUGAGGGACCUCAUCUAUUACCUGCCGGAAACCAACCCUAUGAAGUCAGCUGUAAUGGAAGAACAGAAGCAAGAUGAGCAGUUCACUCCACCAUUUCCCAGCCAAGAGUUGCCACCGACUAAGCCGGAAGUGGAAGAGGAGGAAGAUGAGGAAGAUGAUGAUGGCGCCAUGAAGGAUGAGGAUCUGUUGGUGCCCAAGGUGAAAGUGGCAGAAGAUGGCUCCCUGGUUAUUGAUGAAGAAAGCUUAACAGUACGGGUAACGAGGGCCCAAGGCCCCAGCAUUGUGGAGGGGAACGACCCCGUCUUCGAGCGCGGCUCCACCACCACCUACACCAGCUUCAGAAACCUGAAGUACAGCAAGCCCUGGUCCGACAAAGAGACCGACAUGUUCUACCUGGCUCUCAGCAUGGUCGGAUCGGACUUCUCUAUGAUGUGCCAUCUUUUCCCCCAUCGCGACCGGAAGGAGGUCAAGAACAAAUUCAAAAGAGAGGAGAAGACCAGCUCGUGGAGAAUUGACAAAGCCUUCAGAGAGAAGCGACCCUUCGACAUGGAGUUCUUCAGCUCGCUGCUGGAACUGGUCUUGGCCGCAGACAAGAGGAAGAGAGACAAAUCCAAACCCAAAGGCUCGUCUGGGGAAAAACCGAAACGCAAGCGAAAAUGCAAGAAGGCUUCAGUGAAGGGAGGCAGUGAGGGCCAGGCCGCUAAAGAUGGCGAGCUGGACUGUGAUGUUGCCGAGGGCAACUUGGAGACGGCUGAGAAGGAGAAUGAGGACUGCUCCAACGUUGCCAAGGCCGAAGACUCCAAGAAGGGCACUAGAAAGACGCGAAAGCGUGUGAAGAAGAGCGAGGGAGAGGAGCAAGAAGAGGAGAAGCCCGACUCAACCGAAAACCAGGAAGAAGAAGUGAAACCAAAACGACGGAAAAAAAUGGCUAAUGGCAAGAAGGCUUCAGUGAAGGGUGCCAGUGAGGGUCAGGCCACUGGAGAUGGCGAGCUGGACGCCGAUGUUGCUGAGGGCGACAUGGAGACGGCUGAGAAGGAGAACGAGGACUGCUCCAAAGACUCCACCAAAGGCACUAGAAAGAAGCGCAAGCGCGUGAAGAAGAGCGAGGAAGAGGAGCAGGCGGAGGAGGACCCCAACUCAGCCGAAGAGCAAGAAGUCAAAGUGAAGAAAAAACGGCAGAAAAAAAUGGCAAAUGGCAAGAAGGCCUCAUUAAAGGGAACCGAUGAGGACCAGCUGUCUCCUGAUGUGGAGGUGGGCGAUGGCGUUGCCGAGGGAGACUUGGAGGCGAGCGAAGAGAAGGAUGAGGACGGCUCCAAUGUUACCGACGCUACGAACACUGCCACGGCCACGAGAAAGAAGUGCAAACGCGCAAAGAAGGGUGAGGAAGAGGAGGACCAGGAGGAAGAGGAGCCUGACUCAACCAAAGAGAAAGCAGAUGGACGAAAGAAAAAACAGAGUGAAAAGAAUCCAGAUGACGGAGCCAUUUUGGUCAACGUCACAGAGAAGGAAGUUGCCAGUGCCCAAUCAGAUGCUAAAGAGGCCGUGGGGUCCGAGACGAUGGGCAGCACAGUGGAGGGACAGCUGGUUGAACCGGUCCGGGUCCCCAGUGCAGAGGCCGAGCCCAGCUUGGUGCGAGGGAGAUCGACAGAGAACAUUCCAGACUCUGAGGAGAAGACAUUAGACAGUAGCAGGAGAGAAGAGGAGGAAUGCCGGGCGGAUGAUGUCUCUCUAUUCGAGAUUUCUGAUUGCAGUGCUCUCUUGGAGGGUGUAUUUGCGAUUGACGGGAGCACUCUCCCGCUCACUGACGAGGAGAGUCCAGAGGGAGACCAGCAGGGGGCGCCUGAUGUCUCACUCACAGAUGGACAGAAGCUGAUAAACAAUUCCAGGGUUGAAGGCCAGGAGUCUUCCUCUCUUCCACCCCCUGAGGCCACCUCCCCCAAAGGGCGUGGCCAGCUGCCGGAAACGGAGCUGUGGCCAAGGGCGGGGACACAUCAGGAGAGCCAUCCCUCGAGCAAACUGAACAUGGGGGAACGCAGUGAGGAAGAGGACCACGAUGAAGGAGGGUGGGAAGAUACGGAGGUGGAGGAGGAGGAGGAGAAGGAGGUACAGGACCAGGUCCAGGUGGAAGAACAGGGUUCUCCCUGUCAUACGGAGAUACUGAGCCAGGAGCAGGUGUUGGUGCCCCUAGGUUUACAUUCACUGGAACUGCUGUCCAAUGAGCUGCAGAUCCCCGCGGGCGUGUCCGAUGCCCCAGGCCCUGGCGCGUCUGCAGAUGCCCAGCGGUCCGUGCCCGGGUGCGAGCGGGCAGAGGACGAGUGCGUGGAGCUCUCUGAGCAUCACCUGAACCUGCUGGUUGACGUGAUAGAGUCUUUAUCCCCGCAUCUUGUCGGAGGAAUGCAGGCCGAGGACGAUGACGAGGUGGCCAGGACUCUUCUGACCCUCAGUAACCCUGACCUGCAGUUCCCAACAGAGACCGCAAACGCCCUGGAUCCCCCUAAUUCGGCCCCAGUGGAAGAGCAGGAACCCGAGUCUGAGCAAGCUGGCCAAUCGCAGUGCAGCGGCCAAGCCCCGCAGUCUGUGACCUCUGACCUCCCCGUCACGUCGGCUCCCGUCGAUGAGGUGGAAACGUGUCCUGUUAAAGAGCCCGUCACAUCUGAGGAGGGAGAGAGCGUUGCUACCACCGGGAAUGUGAUGCCUGACAGUGAGCCCUUGUGUUCGGACUCCUUGGUCCAGGGCAGCACCCCCCUGGGGAGGCGGAGCCGGUUCCCCAAACCCCGACUUAACCUGGGCCUGGCGACCCGAGCCCCCCGUACCCCUCUGAGGGGGUCCACCGCACCCCCCUGUCCAGGUCCAGUCUCCUGUGCUGCCCCUCCCACUGUGAACACAGAGUCACCAAUGCCCUCUGAAGAGGAGAGGAGUGACCAAAACCUCAUCACCAACAAGGAGAGUGCCUCCGUUCAAAUUGAGGGAGAGGGGUCUGGCAAAGAGAAACUCCUGGAGCCUGGAGCUUUAAGCACUCAGAGUGAGACCUUGUGUUCGGACUCCUUGGUCCAGAGCGUCCCUCUGGUGAGGCGGAGCCGGUUCCCCAAACCCAGACCCAACCUGGGCCGGUCGACCCGUGCACCCCACACCGCUCCGUCCCAGAACCCCGCAACCCCCAAACCAGUCGAUGACAGCAGUUCCACCCCUCUGGAGGGGUCCAGCACUCUGACACCCGUUCAGGAGUCUCCGACCUGCAGCAGUUCUGACCUGAGUGCUGAGGUCAUUGAUCAGAAGGCUCUGACCGAAGGCUCAUCCGAAACCCAGAACACUGAGGAAGAGAGACCCACAGUUGAAACGGGAGCUGCCAGCAGCAGUUUUAUUGCCCCCCUGGGCCCCUCUCAGCCCUGCCCUGGGCCCUCUUUCACAGAGCCGGUCCCUGGGACAGGAGGGGAGGAAACUGCAGAGGGGGCCCCGGCCAGCACGGGCGUGCCUGAGAACGAGCUGGUUUUGGCGGAUGAGGAUGCUUCAUCAUCGGCGGACGAGUCCCGGCAGGCUGCUGGAAUCGAAGCCCCGGGCGUCUGUUUCGAUGGCGACGCAAGUGCUUUCAUCACCAAGGAGUGCAUGGAAGGACUCUCUUGGGCGGACGGUGGCGAGGAGGAGCCCACGUUCAUCCUGACGCUGUUCGCUGUCCCUCCCCUGGAGAUAGGAGACUACCAGACCGGGCCAGAGGCGCUAGGUCUGGCCACGGAGAACCCCUUCUCCCCGCCAACGUCCAUGAUCGCGGAUCCCCAAUCCGGACCACUGCCGGCGAUAUCAGAGCCACACUGUGAGUCUCUGUCAGUGGAAACUGCAGAGACGGGGUCAGGGUGUGACUCAGUCACUCACCUGGUCCUAAGCGACGCCCUCAUACCUGUCUGUGAGGAGCAGGAAGAGGGACCAGCACAGCACUGGACUGGCCUACAAGAACUGCGCCCCCACACUGCCCCCUCCCAAACUGCAGGAGAGAAGUCCCUCACUGCUGUCAUGAACAAUGAUGCAGAGGGUCUCCCAGAAUUAUGUGAGGAAGAUCAUGGCAGUCAGAUUGUGGACUCGGUGGCAGAGUCACAUGACCCGGUGGCAGAGUCACAUGAUCCAGUGAUUGAGUCACAUGACCCGGUGAAGGCUGGGACAGAUGGGAUGAGUGAGAGGGACAAACCAUCUCGAGAGAAGAGGAAACCACCUAUCAGGACCAGGAGGGGUAAGCUGCAGGUGAAGCCGUACGUUACUCAGAGGAAGCUCAGAGGCUCUGUGAGAGAUGAGCAGGGCCUCCUUCCUGAGGAAGCAGUGCAACCUGGCCCCUCCCACACACAGCCAGGCCCCGCCCACACAUCCCCACAGAUCCACCAACCCACAGCAACACAAGCUGACACCCAGCAGGAGGAGCCUGCUGCAGGCUCUGAGCUGCUAGGUGUAGAAGAACUGCCGCAGGGGAAUGUGGGCCACUCAGACCUCCCACAGGAGGAACUGGGCUUGCUAGCUGGAGCAGAAGACGAGGAGAGCAUCAGUGGAGGGGUGGAGCCUCUGCUCGGCUGUCAAAGCACACAGGACAGCUGUGAGUCUCUGUCAGUGGAAACUGCAGAGGCGGGGUCAGGGUGUGGCUCAGUCACUCACCUGGUCCUGAGCGACGCCUUCAUACCUGUCUGUGAGGAGCAGGAAGAGGGACCAGCGCAGCACUGGACUGGCCUGCAAGAACAGCGCCCCCACACUGCCUUCUCCCAAACUGCAGGAGAGACGGCCCUCACCGCUGUCAUGGUAACUGCCUGUAACAACGAUGCAGAGGGUCUCGCAGAAUUAUGUGAGGAAGACCACAGCAGUCAGACUGUGGACCCAGCAGUAGAGUCACAUGACACAGCGGUAGAGUCACAUGACCCAGUGGAGGCUGGGACAGACGGGACAAGUGAGAGGGACACCCCGUCCCAAGAGAAAAGGAAACCACCUGUCAGGACCAGGAGGGGUAAGCUGCAGGUGAAGCCGUGUGUUACUCAGAGGAAGCUCAGAAGCUCUGUGAGAGACGAGCAGGGCCUCCUUCCUGAGGAAGCAGUGCAGCCUGGCCCCUCCCACACACAGACUGGCCCCUCCCACACAGAGUCUGGCUCCUCCUACACACCGCCUGGCCCCUCCCACACACCACCUGGCCCCUCCCACACACAGCCAGACCCCGCCCACACCUCCUCGCAGACCCUCCCACCCACAUUGCCACUCCCUGACACCCAGCAGGAGGAUUCUGCUGCAGCCUCUGAGCUGCCUGCUGCUGUGGAGCUGCCGCAGGGGACUGUGGGCCACUCAGACCUCCCACAGCAGGAAGAGGGCGUGGCAGCUGGAGCAGAAGACGAGGAGAGCUGCGAUGGAGAGGAAGGGCACAGCACAACUCAAUCCACAAGCGCCACACUUACAAGGUCUGGACGAGCGCCCAGGGGCUUCCUCUCCUUUCUCUCCGGCGGCAGUGGGGCCGGCCUGGCUUCCCGCCCCGUCAGGCACGUAUCCCAGAAGCCCUCAGUGAAUACCUCACGCACAGGGAGGAGGAGGACUACCGCAGACGCCGUCACGGAAGCAUCCGCCCACAACUCCCCCAGCAGCUCGUCCCCCACCAAAGUCAGCGAGAGCACCUGCUUCAGUGGGCCCUCUGCUGAGCCAACUAACUCUCAGGUCUCAGUGCCUGCCGAGGGCGAGUUCCUCUGUGCAAGACCUUCGGCGACCGAAGAAGAGCCGACCAAGGUGUCGGAGUUCUACUUCCAGGACAUCUUCACAGAGGUCCUGGAGUCGGACUGAGACCAUCACUCCACUACACGGGAUCUACGCUGUCCCCGUCCCCCCCUUUUCCCCUGUCUGCCACAAAUAAUGUGUUGCACAUUUCAAACCUGCAUUUAUAUAUUUAUUUAUUUACGUGUUUUUUUUUUUUUUUUUUAAACAUUGCAAGGGAUUGUUCUGAAGUGAUAUGACUGUGUACGGACCUCAUGUUCAGAUGUCCAGCUACUGUUAAUUUGUUGUGUGUAGAAGCUCUCAGAUAGAAGCUCUCAGGUGUUGUGUGUGUACUCUGAGAAUGUGAACAGUGGUAUACUGUGUGACAGCAUUAUUCCCAGCAAUGGCACAUUAUGAAACUUCAGUUUAAGUCUUUUCAUUUUAAUAGUCAGUCAGUUUUAAUUAUCGGGUUGAUAGUUCAGUAACUGAUAGACAUGAUUAUCUGCUCCUUUCAUAGCAGUUUUGAAGUUCUCAUGAAGAUGGGCCAUUUAUUUUUGUUUCAUGUUUUUUUUUAAUCAUAAGUAAAGCAUAAAGCACUUGGAAUAUAAUACACAAGCCACAGUCUUACAAGCCAAAAAUACUUAAUCACAGGGAGACAUAAGGGCCUUUACUUUAUGUGGAAGGAGGUGUGUGUGUGUGUGUGUGUGUGUGUGUGUUCAUUUAUUAGGAUGUUUUUUUUCUUUCUGGGGCAGUACACAAACAGUGGAAUGAAACGCAAAAGGCUACACUACAACAGAAUCUUCAAAUAUCAAUCAGACCUGUUACUUUACAAUUAGUAAAAAGCUGUUUCAGGUAAUCCACAAUACCACGGGUAGGUUUUCAUCCUUAAAAAUGUCAAAUGGCCUAAAAUGUGUUUUCUGGAAUGGAGUAUUGAAUGGCAGUAUUGAAGAUCUGAAGAUCUUGCAUAAACUAUAUGAGUGUGCUUUCUUCAAAUUAGCUUUUUGUUUGUGUGUGGCGCUUUAUUAAGAAUGUUAUGUUUAUGCUGACUGAAAACACUUUGUCUCAACUGAUACAGAAGCAGAAUCCGAUGACUUGAAAUAACCUGUUCUUGCAAUUGAGCUGACCUUUUGCAUUUACAGUGUAAAUGAGUGUAAAUGUUAUAAUACUAUUACUGGAUCUUGACAGGGAUCAUUAAUGUAUUCAGAUCAGAGUUGUUUGUUUUGCUAUUGAGUAUUGCGAAGAUAGAUUAUUUAUUUUUUUUGGAUGCUUCUAUGGCAAUGAUACUGAGACACGUCUGCCUUAAUUUAUUGCUGUCAGCAUAUUUGUCACUUUAUAAAGAGGUUUAAAGGGCCUCUUAGUGUCUUCCUGUUCAAAAUGGUGCCACUCCUUAGCGUUUACAUGAUUCUUUGUUGGAAGUGACUAUAAGCUCAGGGUUAUAAUUUCAUGACUGUUUACCAUUGAUUAUACAUGCAUUGGAGGAAUGGUUCCUUUUGUGUCUUUUUCUCUUAAGUAUUCUUGUUAGUGAAAUUGACAUAACUCCCACUAUUUUCUUUGCAUCAAAGUUUGUUUACAUGGUCCAGUUAUGUGGUUUGAAAAUUGAUGCUCAGGAAAUAAAGAACGUUACAAGGUAACAGUGUUUGUUUUGGAAGUAAAUUUCCAGUUUUCCCUUGCAUAUAGAAAUAUCUUAUUUUAUCUGCUGUGUGAAUUCAAUUUGUAAAGGAGGGUAGGAAAGAAUGUCCUGUGUAUGUUUUUGUAAAAAUUGAAUUUUAAGUUAUGCAAAUUUUAUUCAUAAACCUGAUAUUGCCUUAAGUGUGCUUUUCUGCUGAACCAAAGCAUCAGCGUGCACUGUAAUGGUGUAAGUUAUCACAUUAAGACAUAUCAUGAAGAGUUCUGUUGUAAAGGAUGGUCUGAUAUUUGCUGAAGUGGAAAAUUCAGGUUCAGAAAGUUCAUCCCAGUAUUUUGUUUCAGUCAAAAUAGGAUUUGUUCAUUAGCACAGUUCUUCAGCAAGGAGGUAGAACUAAUUAAUGCAAUCAACCAGCUGAGCUCAUGGGUGGAAGAAACUCAUAGCAGGACAUUUACUUUUUGACCCCUGGACUUUCUACUUCUUUCACAGCUUGUGAUUUGCGAUUUGUGUCCGUUUCUGAUGCAUUACUGUGAAUGACCUUAGACUGUGAUGAUAAUGGUGGAUAAUGGUGUGCUUAAGUGAAUGUAAUCUUGAUCUGUACUGUAAUUUUUGUUGGCUUUUUAGCAUCGCUGGUGUGAUGCUCAUACAUGGUAACAAAAAUAGAAUGCAUUUUGAAAAAGCUAUUAUUUAUUGAUUGCCUGUUAUAUUUUACUGGAGACAGCUUAAGUUGGAGAGUUGACAGUUCAGAUAAUGUAUUUGCAAGUUUACAAGUAUAUGCUGUGGAGUUCUUUUUUUUCCUAGAAGGUGUUACAAACUUCUAGGUAAGGAAAAUUCUCUGUGUGAAAAAUGUUUGCUUGUCAUGUAGCUAAAUUGACAUACAAUCUAAAUAAAUGUUUUUAUGAGUGUG